GCGCAAGGAUUUACUCGGAGGCAGUCGCUGUACAGCGUUGAAGUGUGUAGCGAUCGCUGCAUUCUUCUCGUUGCAAGCCAGUCGUUUUGCAACAGUAUAUAUUUUUUGCAAUUGAUAUUUAGAUUGCAAUUUGCGUGCCAAACAGUCGACUUUGAAAGAGAAUGGCUUCGGAAAUGGAAUCGCUGCCCGUGGCUGCAAGCGAAGAGGAGGAGGAGGAAGAGGAGGAGAAGAGUUUAGACAAAAAGCCGGGCUCGAAGAAGAAGAAGAAGAAGAAUCAGCAGGGCAAAUACAGCGCGUUGCUGGUGGAUAUCGUGCAGAAACUGGGUGCUCGCAACGGCUCCUCGCUCGCCAUCAUCUUUAAAGAAGCCAAGAACGUGCCCUGGUUUGACAAACAAAACGGUCGCAUCUACCUGCGCUACGCGCUGCGGGCUCUGGUGACGAACGGAACCCUCAAUCAGUUGAGAGGGAGAGGAGCCAACGGCUCUUUCAAGCUGACCAAGAAAGGGGAGAACGCACAGGCGGCCAAGAAGAAAUCGUCGGCCUCGGGCAGCACCACCAGAUCGGCCAAGAAAAGCAGCAAGAAGCCAGAGAGCAGGAAGCCCCAAAAGAGCAGCCCUGCAAAGAGCAGCGGUUCCAGCAAAAGUAAGAAGGGCAUGGCGUCGAAGAAAUCCAAAUCCAAGAAGGCUUAAAAAGACUCAUCUUCGCUCGUUUUUUUUCAAUCUGACAUUUUUUAUUUUGUUGUUCAAACCUUUUGGGUUUUGGUUAGGUUUUUCUUUUGUAGCGUUGAAAAGGGUCGGUCAGUUUAAACCGAGAACGUGGAUUUUUUUUUUCCUUUUUUGCAAUGUUUAAAUGACAUUCCAUUUGCAAAUUUCUUGUUUUGAGGAUUGUUUUUUUUUUGUUUUACGUUUGCAUUUUUAAAUUUUUUGUAUUGAUCAUGCAAGCAAGUCGUUUUCGGGAGGAGUAAGCCUCUGUUUCAUGGAAGCGGGAACUCUGCACAAAAUAACUGAUUUGUUGCAGAGCCUCAUUUUAUUUAGGUUUAAAAAUCAGGAAAGUGGUUUGACGUCCUUAGAAAUUUAAAAAAAAAAAGCAGAAAAGUUAUUUCCCAAGUUGCAACUUUUGUGUUGUUUCUGUAGGGGGUAUUUUUGUUUUUAAAAUUACAUUUGUAUUUUUUAAUAGCGGUGUUUGCAGAUUUCCUCGGCAAUUUCGCCCUUGGUAACAGUUUCAGCCAAUCACCGCGCAGCAAGCAAAGUUGCAACAUUCUAGGCGGGAACGCGGCCUGCACGCUGAUUGGCUGUUGCAUUUAAUUCGCUACUUUAAAUUGUUUUUAUUUGUAAUUAUAUUUGCUGUGAAGCUUCCGACUGGUUUAUGACAUAAAAAAAGAUAAAUGGAUAUCUCCCCCUCCCUCUCGCCCCUUUGGCGGAGGGUCUUGUGCAAGGCGCCGGGUUCAAGUCAGCUGCCCGUUUCCCUCUCACCCCGGGCAACGGGCCCCCGCCCCAGCCCCCGCUGCCUUGCCAAGAUUCCGUCAGCAAGUAUUGAAGUUGGACAUAUUAAUGGUGUAACCGUGUAAACAUGUGCGAUUGACGGAGCAAAAAAUGCUUUAAAUAAAUGUUUCAAAGAACA